AUGGCAUGUCUCCAGAAUCAUUUUUUGGAGAGUAUGGGGCUGACCAUGGACAAUGGCUGGGGCUGCGACGGUAUCAAGGCCCCCGGCGGCUGCCGCAGUGGCCUCACCGGCUUCAACCAAUCACAAGGAAUGAAGCGCUUCCGCUGCAAGACCUGUGACUACGAUCUCUGCGAGGAGUGCUAUCUGGAACGCCUGAACAGCAGGCGUUGUCUGAAGGGUCAUGUUCUGGCCCCGCUGGGCAUCCAGAGACAAUCCAGACCCGGCUGGCAUUGCGAUGGAGAGAACGAAGGUGGCUGCAAGAGCAUCGCCCGAGGAUUCGAAAGUACCAAAACCCUGAAUCGCUUCCGCUGUGAACAGUGUGAUUACGACUUGUGCGAACGGUGUUAUGAGACGCCGCUGGCAAAGCCCUGCGAUCGCGGCCACGCCAUGACAUUGCUGGGCUUGGCAAGGGACAAUGGUUGGGGCUGCGAUGGGCGGAGUCAGCCAGGUGGCUGCAAACGUGGCAUCACUGGAUUUCGGCAGACGAAGGGCAUCCACCGCUUCCGCUGCGAGGCCUGUGACUUCGAUCUUUGCGACCUCUGCUACGAAGCCCGGCCCGUGGCUGACCGCGGUCCAGCGGCCAAGCCGAUGACAGUGAAUCCGGAACUCGUUCCAGGCUACUGGGACAUGGAGGUGAUGGAGGACAUCGAAAUGCUAAAGGGCCUUGCACCGGAGGAAGAGAACGUCUUGAACAAGUUCGGCAAAGUGGAACUGACUGAAAGCGAGCUGGCUUCCAUUCAGCAAAUCUUCGACGCGUCUCACAAGAAGGUCUACACCCGGGACCGCAAAGGCACCAAGGUGCCUGACAAGCUGCUUGUGAAGUGCGCCUACCGGAUUCAGAAUCUCCAGAACUGGACGGAGUUUGUGCGGAAGCAGAGCUCCAUCCGCGCGCAGAUUGACUCUUUGAAAGAGACGGGGAACAAGGGCGUUUGCAGGAACGGUCCGGAGCUGAGU